GGGCUUCUGGGAAGUGUCUUGACAGAGAACCUAAGCUGAGCAAAGCAGCCUUGACCUGAGUGAGCUAACUGGCACCAUGAAAAUAGCAGGUGUCUUUCUGCUCCUCUCUCUCGCUCUUCUCUGCUUUUUCUCAGGUGCCUUCAGUCAAGGAGAACAGGACAAAAGAGGCUGGAUCACGAGAUCAGAAGGCCGAUUGCCAAAGAAAAGUGUGUUAAGGCGUCGUCUCUUUCAAAUCAACUGUGGCGAGUUCCGUGACCCCAAGGUCUUCUGCACUCGGGAAUCUGAUCCACUCUGUGGCUCUGAUGGCCAGACAUACGGGAAUAAAUGUGCCUUCUGCAAGGCCUUGGCGAAAAGUUCUGGAAAGAUCAACUUGAAACAUCAUGGAAAAUGCUGAAUUUUAGCCGGUGUUUUGUGCCAGCUUGCCUAGUUCCCUUUUUUUUUUUUUUUUUCUGCUUUUUGCUUUUCUCUGGCAAAUCCCAUAAAUUCAUGAAAAAAAUAAAACACAGCUUUUUCUGUGUGUGGGUGCUAUGUAAGUCAAUACAUUGAUUUCCUUUGACUUUUCAAUAAAGCAAAAUCUGCAGAAUUGA